AUGAGUGACGGCGACCUCCCCACAAUAUCGGCUCUUCCUCAAGUCAACGAUGCCCCCGAACCUGACAUUGGAACUCUCAUUAAUGUGCCUGACGCCUCUAUACCCUACGUUGCCCAACCCUCUUUUCCAGACAUGAACGGUUUCCAUCAAGUUCCUGACCCCUCCUUGGCCAACAUGCCUCUUCCUGCGAAUGGCACCGAUCCUGCCAUAUUCACAAUGCCCGUCCAAUCCGGCUUGUCUGCGGAUGAGUUUGCUCUUUACGACCGACAGCUGAGAACUUGGGGAGUCAAGGUACAAGAAAACCUGCGUCAAGCCAAUGUCCUGCUCAUAGGCCUCAAAGCCCUGGGAACUGAGAUCGCGAAGAAUCUUGUCCUAGCAGGCGUGGGAACGCUGACCGUCCUGGACGGCGACGUUGUCAGCGAAGAAGAUCUUGGAAGUCAAUUCUUAGUCAAUGAGAGUCAUGUCGGUCAGAACAGAGCCAUUGCAGCCCUCCCAGAACUCCAGAAACUCAACCCUCGCGUCGAGCUUUAUUCGGACCCCAACGCCGCCGUUACCAAGGACCCCGAGUACUUUCAAAGCUUCGAUGUCACCAUUGCCACCGAUCUACUCAUAGAAGUGCUCGUGCACAUCAAUAUGUCUUGCAGAUUGUCCGGUCGCAAGUUCUACGCAGCAAACACAUACGGCAUGUACGGAUUCAUCUUUGCCGAUCUCUUCGUGCAUGAUUUCAUUGUGGAACAAGAGCAAAGUAACAAGCCUCCCAAGAUCGGGGACAUGGUCACCUCGACACGUUCUGUUACAGGAAUCAGCUCUAACAAGGUGAACGGCAAGACGACCGACACUGUCUUCUAUCAGGAAACAUAUUCUCCACUUCAACUUGUCAACCUCUCACCUUUGCCAGUCAAGGUCCGCAGUACCCGGAGAAGCCGGCUUCGAGUCACCCCGCUUCUUUCGUGCAUUCGUGCACUCUUUGAUUUCCAAACCCAAUCAGGCGGACGGUAUCCUGUUCACACCCAGCAAGACCUCGGCACUUUUACAAAACUCGUCAAUGAGAAACAUCUAGAGCUGCAGUUGCCCACCGAGACGUUGCGAGCGGAAUUCCUGCGAAGUUUCCUGCAGAAUCUCGGGGCAGAGAUCAGUCCUGUCGCUUCGUUCCUAGGCGGAUUCUUAGCACAGGAUGUGAUCAAUGUUCUAGGCCAGAAGGAGGCACCCUUGCAAAAUGUGCUUCUAUUUGAUGGCGAAGACUUCACCGCGUCUCAGUACAGCAUUCAUCCAAUCAACGACGACGCCAUGACAGCCAUGGCCACCAAUGGAGGUCAUGGACUCCCUGCUGACAGCUCGAUUCCAGUAGCCUAG